AUGCCACAGGUAAGCCCCUCAGACAGGGUUGAACCUGCUUGGCCUGGACUAGUAGCACGCGGCUUGCUCACUACAUCAGGGUAUACUCCCGCGAGCAUGAGUUUGUGUCUGUCCGUGCCCGAAAUAUUAUGUAGGCUGUCUGUGGUGCUGGCGAGCGCGGCUCUGCUGGCCACGGUGAGGGAAGCGCGGCCGUUCUUCCUGAAGGGCAAGGGGUCCCGCGGCAGCUCUGGGAAGGGCUCUGGGGGCGCGAGCGCCUGCCCCGUCAGCGUCGUCUACGUGAACACGGGCUGCGGCGACGGAGGAGGCAUGGCGGGCUACGGGUCUGGCGGAGGAAUCAGCGGCGACUACGGCGCCCCCACUCUCAGUGCGGGGUACGGCGCCCCGACCGGAGGAGGAGGAGGCUAUAGCGCUCCAACUGGAGGGGGAGGAGGAUACGCUGCCCCCACUGGAGGAGGGAGUAGCUACAGCGCUCCAGUUGGAGGCGGCGGAGGAGGGUUUGCUGGGGGCGGGGGAUACGCCGCCCCCUCAGGAGGUGGAGGAGGAGGAGGAUUUGCUGGUGGUGGGGGAUACGCCGUCCCAUCAGGAGGUGGAGGAGGAGGAGGAGGAUACACUGCUCCCUCAGGAGGUGGAGGAGGAGGUGGAGGAUACACUGCCCCUGGAGGAGGUGGAGGAGGAUAUACUGCUCCUGGAGGAGGAGGUGGAGGAGGAGGUGGAGGAUACACUGCCCCUGGGGGAGGUGGAGGAGGAUAUACUGCUCCUGGUGGAGGUGGAAGUAGCUACAGUGCCCCUUCCGGAGGAAGUGGAGGAGGAUUUGGUGGUGGUGGAGGAUACGGCGGAGGUGGUGGCAGCGCUGGAGCUGGAGGAGGGGGCUACACUGGGAGCCUUGCAUCCUCUUGUUCUAAGUUCACGUUAGUGAACAUGUGA